AUGGCUGCAGCUAGCUCUUCCUCCAUCAAUGUGUUGUGGAUCUCUUUAUUCUCAUUCCUUGUUCUCACCUUCUCCACACCCACACAGGCUCUCAUACUAACCGUUGUAAACAACUGCAACUACACCGUCUGGCCCGCUAUUCAAGCCAACGCCGGCCUGCCAGUCCUUGCCGGCGGCGGCUUCGUCCUCCACACCCUAACCCAUUUCUCCAUCCCCUUCCCAGACACCCAUUGGUCGGGCCGGGUCUGGGCCCGAACCGGCUGCGCCUACACCGCCGGAAACCAGUUCUCCUGCGUCACCGGCGACUGCGGCGGUCGCUUGCAGUGCAACGGCGCCGGCGGUCUAGCCCCUGCCACGCUGGCACAGUUCGAGGUGCACCACGGUAACAACGACUUCUCCUCGUACGGUGUAAGCCUCGUGGACGGUUUCAACGUUCCCAUGACGGUUACGCCACACGAGGGAAAAGGUGUGUGCCCUGUGGUGGGUUGUCGCACUGAUCUUGUCGCCACGUGUCCACCUCCGUUGCAGCACCGUGUACCCAUGGGUCACGGCCCUGUGGUGGCGUGUAAGAGUGGGUGCGAGGCUUUUCACACGGAUGAGCUUUGCUGUAGGAACCAAUACAAUAACCCUCAAACGUGUAAGGGCUCCGUGUACUCCACGUUCUUCAAGCACGCGUGUCCUGCAACGUUCACCUUCGCACACGACACCCCUUCGCUCAUGCAUCAGUGUUCCUCUCCGCGUGAGCUCAAAGUUAUCUUUUGCCAUUGAAACGUGCAAGGCUGUUAAAUGAAAAGAGUGUGCGCGCGCGUGUAUGUCAGGAUUUGGGUCACUGUUUAGUGACCUAGUUCUGCUUGUUCAAAUAAGAAUGGGUGAAAA